GGAUAAGAUUAUUGCAACCUACUCCCGUUUAAGUGCGAUCAGAUCUUAUCAACUACAUUGGCGGCGGGCCAACUAAUUCUUUAAAAGCCAAGUAACCAACAACUUUCUCACUGCACUCUGCCUUGCUUUUCUGCUAUCCCUCUCCAAAGUCCAAACUCAUUCUAUACUCAUCUUCUCUUCUUGCCAAUGGAAAACUUAAUCAACAGCACCAGCAGCGGAGAUGGCGGCGACGGCGGCAGCGCUGUUCACAUCUUCAUGUUCCCAUUCCUCGCGUUUGGCCACAUCAUCCCCUUCGUCCAGCUGUCGCGUAAGCUGCUCUCCGCCGGCACCGACGUGCGCAUCACCUUCCUCUCCGCCGCCGGCAACGUCCCCCGCAUCACCGCCCUCCUCCCCGCCUCCCCCUUCUUCUCUGUCGCCCCUCUCAACCUCCCCGCCGUCCCCGGUCUCCCCUCCGGCGCCGAAAGCACCAACGCCGUCUCCGCUGACGGCGCUGAGCUCCUCAAGGUCGCGCUCGACCUCACCAAGCCCCAGGUCGCGGACCUCCUCGGGAGCCACCGCCCUGACAUCGUCGUCACCGACUUCGCCACCCCGUGGCUCCCCGCUCUCGCCGCCUCCUUCGGAAUCAAGACCCUCCCCUUCUCCGUCUUCUCAGCCAUCAACAUGGCCUACCUCACCGUCCCGGCGCGCCGCCCCAGCGGCUGUCCCGCCCCGACCAUCGACGACCUCAUGAAACCCCCCACCGGGUUCCCUGCAGCAUCACCCCUCCGCUCCAUCCCCCGUUACCAAGCCGCCGACUUCUCCUACCUCUUCAAGAGCUUCUACGGGCGGCCGUCCGUGUUCGACAGCGCGGCGGAAGUGAAUGGCGCGUCGGACGCGAUGGUGGUGAAGACGUGCGCGGAGAUGGAGGGGCCGUACGUGGAGUACCUGGAGGCGCAGUACGGGAAGCCGGUGCUGUUGGUGGGGCCCAUCGUCCCCGACGAGCCCCCCUCGGGUGGCGGCGGCGGCGAGGAGCUGGAGCCGCGCUGGGCCGAGUGGCUGGGCCGCUUCGCCCCGGGCUCCGUCGUCUUCUGCUCCUUCGGUAGCGAGACCUUCCUCGCCGACUCCGCCGUCGAGGAGCUCCUCUUCGGCCUCGAAGCUGCAGGCUCGCCGUUCCUCGUCGUGCUCAAUUUUCCCAAGGGGGGCGGUGGGGGCCAGAAGACACCGAUACCGGAAGGGUUCGAGGAGAGGGUGAGGGGGAGAGGGGUGGUGCACACGGGCGGGUGGGUGCAGCAGCAGCUGCUGCUGCGGCACCCGAGCGUGGGCUGCUUCGUGUGCCACGCCGGGCUGAGCUCCGUGCUGGAGGCAAUCGUCGCGGGGCCGCAGCUGGUCAUGCUGCCGCAGAAGGGCGACCAGUUCCUGAACGCGAAGCUCUUCAUGGCGGAGAUGGGGGUCGGGUUUGAGGUGGAGAGGCGGCCCGAGGACGGCUGGUUCGGGCGCGACGCGGUGUGCGCUGCGGUCAAGGCCGCGAUGGAGGCGGCGGCCCCCGCGGCGAGCCAGCAGAGCAGGGUCGGGGAGAGCCACAGGAAGUGGAGGGAGUUCUUGCUGGACGAACAGGUGCAGGGGAAGUUCACGGUCGAGUUCAUCGACAAGUUGAGGCAGCUGUGUGGGAAAUAGAUUGGGUCAAUUAGAUUGCUCUGUUAGUGGCCAAACAUUGACUAUAAUAAUGGGCUCGUUGUGAUGUUGUUGUAUUAUUAUUGCAAUCUCAUAUUACUAUCUUCAGGUGUGAUUUCUCUGUAUGUUCGUACAACAUUGGUUUAAGACUCUAUAAUGUUCUUGAUUAUAUAAUCCUUCCUGAUCUUCCUUCGUUGGUUUGUA